AUGAACCGCCAAGGGGCAAGUGGCAGCAUGGCACUGCUAAACUCCCUUUCACUGCUUCUGGCAGUUCAAGUCAGUUCAACAUACGCUCAGGGACUUGAGGGAUAUGGAUUGACUUCAUACGAUCCUGUCUGCGCUGAAGCAUGUCUUCGAUCCUUUACUCCUCUGAUGCUACCUUGCUCAAGCAUGCACGAUGGACAUAUGGCGACUCCGCCAGCAUGCCGAGCCAACGACACAGCCUUCUUGACAUCCGUGGCUUGGUGUAUGAGUGACAACUGUGCCGAUGAGAAGUUGUCCAAGAUUGAAGGUUACUGGGAGGAGUGGAUUACGGGGAGCAAAUUCGUUCCCGCAAAGUGGUCCUACUCGGAGGCUCUCAUGGAGGUUGAUCCCAAACCACCUCGGUAUCAACUCAACAUAACAGACAAGGUUCUCAACCAGACAUCGACGCUCGCACCGGUUGCGUACCUCAGUCAAUGGAACUCACUUUGGGCGACGAAUCAUGAGAUGAUAAUGGGAGCACGAUAUGGUAUCAUUCUUGUUGUUAUUGCCGUCGGAAUACCGAUCCUGAUGGCCUGGUCCGGCUAUCUACCUCUCAUCCCAUCAGUCUACGACAAACUCAAACCAUACAUCCUCUAUCCAAGCAUGAUCGGCACCUAUUCCGUACGUCCUCUACCAUUCAAACUUGGCAAUGCUCCCUCUGUUGGUCAGGGUCUAUAUAUCGCCUUAAUCCUUGCUCUCGUCGUAGUCUUUACCGCCAUCGACUACGAGCUCCGUCAGCCGCAUGCUAGAUUCAUGGGUGAACGGCGAGAACUACUUGCUUAUCUCGUCUACCGCACUGGAGCUCUUGCAUUCGCCUUACUCCCACUGAUCAUCCUUUUCCCCUCGAGGAACAACCUUCUCUUGUGGCUGUCUAACUGGUCGCGCUCGACGUUCAUCCUGCUUCACCGCUGGAUUGGACGAACAUUUGCUCUGCUGGCUGUUCUGCACGCUAUCUUUGUCUUGGUAGGCUCUGACAAGAUGGGCACCACGGACUGGAGACGCUGGGGCUCAGUCACUGUCAUCUUCACUGUGAUUACCUGCCUUGGAAGUGGACUCUAUGUUCGAAAGGCCAACUACGAGCUUUUCUUGCUUAUGCACAUCCUCAUUGCUGCGCUUGUCAUUGUCGGAUGCUGGUAUCAUCUCAUGCUGCGAUAUGCCUCCAUUCGUCUGCACUCACCUGGCUAUACGACUGGACACGAGAUCUGGCUUUACCUUGCCAUUGCCCUUUGGGGUUUCGAGCGCCUUGUUCGAAUUGUACGAGUCAUCAGACUGGGUAUUCUGAGAUCCAAGGUUAAGGACAUUGGAGCUGGUUACGUGCGAGCCGAUGUACCAAACGUUCGCUGGGGUUUGGAUCCUGGAAAGCACGUCUUCGUCUACUUCCCAACGCUUGCUCCAAUGCGACCUUGGGAGAAUCAUCCCUUCUCAGUCAUUCCUACAGUUGCGCUUCAACGCCGUGGAACCUCAGCUACACCUGGGUCUCCAACCUCACCAGGAGCUUCCUCGGGAUUGGAAGAUAUUGAGAAGUCGACAACUCAAAUUGCAGUGGUCAGGCAAUCAUCAGCCUCAGCCGAGAUCUCGGCUGGAGUGACACUGUUCAUCAAAAAGUCUACCGGUAUCACAAAGUAUCUCGAGAGCCAUGACCGCUUACUCACCUUCUUGGAGGGGCCAUACCCUGGCAGCGACACACGACAGGUCCUACGCUGCGACAGGCUUCUUCUUAUCGCUGGUGGUGUUGGUAUCACGAGUCUGUUUGCGCUCAUUCACAACCACUGGAACGUCAAGUUGGCAUGGAGCGUCAAAGCAGAAGCUCGAUGUCUCGUCAACGAGAUCGAGCCAGCCCUCGAUGCCGUGAACACUGCACAGACGGACAUUAGAAUUGGUUCAAGGUUCGAUGUUGCUGCUCUUAUUGAUGAAGAGGCAUCGGCCGGCUGGAAGAGAGUCGGUAUCGUGGUAUCGGGCCCUGGAUCCCUAUGUGAUGAUGUGCGGGCUGUUGUUGCUGGUAUUGGGCGCAACUCCAAGACUGUCUUUGAACUUGAGGUGGAUGCCUACUCCUGCCCCCCGUCUAUCCCUUGGCGUUCACAUCAAAGUUACCUCAGCACGACAUCGGCAUGGCCUAUGUUCACAGACCAUGCAGGAUGGUGUCUUACCUCCUCUUCCCGCUUCAUCUCUAUCCUCAUGAAUCCUCCGGAGGCCUUCGGAUCGAUCUUCGGCGCGGUCGGCUCCGUUACCUUACAAGAUGGUUACAAAUCUAAGUGGGAUACUCCGAGUCUCCAAGGCUGCGAGAACUCGAACCACCGUCAGCACCGAGAUAAGAAGUUGGGUCACAGCGGGCAUCUCAGCAUCAGCACGUGGAGGAACUUCUUUGUCAAGUACCACGUUUCUUGGCUGUCCCGAGCGUGCUGCAUGCAAAGAGAUGUCCCAAAAGACUCUGCCGCACAUGCAGUAAUGAUAUGUAUACUUCAGAACGAUGAAACCGCCAAAACAGCUCAAAGCCCGACACUCCCCCUAACCGCUUUACGUGAAUGGCUGUACACCAAGGUCUUUUUUUCUCUGAUCAUGCCUCUCGAGCUUGAUCACAGCAAGCUCCUAGUGAUGGUUCGGCUGGGCUAUUACUACUAA